GGGUGAAUCCAGGAGCUGUCAGCCCCCGGGGUCAGAAGAUGGCGUCAAGCGGAGCCGGCACCGGUUCCGGCACCGGCGGGGGCUCCGAGCGAAGAGACAGGAGCUGGGCAACAUCAGCUGCGUCCGCUCCAUCCACGGACAUAAGGACCAUGUUCCUCCUCCUGCACUCAGUCACCGAGGACAACAUCCGCUUCUUUCGGCAGAACUCCUCGGAGACCAGCCGGCGGUUUGUCACAGCCUUCUCCCAGAUUCAGGAGCACGGCCGCCACCUCCAGCCGCUGGUACAGAACUUCACCCGGAUCUUCCCCAUCUUCGACUUUGAUGAGCAGACUCCAGCCAAUGGCUACCGUAGCCUCAUCAAGGUGGUGCGCUCCUGCAUCCUGCACAUCAUCCACAAAUCUCGCUACAUCACUAGCAACCGCCGCAGCAUCUUCUUCAGGACCAACCACAACUGCAUGGAGAUCGAGGCAUACUGCUCUGCCCUCUGCCAGCUCCGUGCCCUCGUCUACUUUGCCCAGAGGCUGCUGACCGCCAACAAGCACGGUGACCUGUUCUUCGGUGAGGAGAAGGGACUCUCAGAGGAUUUUCUGCAUGAGUCCAACUCCAUGCACAAGGGCUGCUUCUAUGGACGCUGCCUGGGCUUCCAGUUUACCCCUGCAAUCCGACCUUUCUUGCAAACUAUCUCCAUCGGGCUGGUGUCGUUUGGGGAGAACUACAGAAAACAUGACACAGGCUUGGGUGUGGCCGCCACUUCCAUCUUCACCAGCGGGAAGUAUGCCAUUGAUCCCGAACUGCGGGGCUCCGAGUUCGAGCGACUCACCCAGAACCUGGACGUCCACUUCUGGAAGAGCUUCUGGAACAUCACCGAAACCGAGGUUCUGGCGUCUCUGGUGACUCUGACAUCGACCACCGUGCGCGUGAACAAGACUCUCUCCGUCCCGCCCAACCCCUUCAAGAUGCCGAUGCAGGCUGACCCCAGUCUGAUGGUGGACAUUAGCCCUCCAGUGGCUCACUCUGGCCCAGGACCGGUGCAGAUGAGACUGAUCUCCUACGAGCUGCGAGAUGGACAGGACAGUGAUGAGCUGAAUGAACUCUGCAAACCUGAGGCGCAGCUGGGUCUUGACAUACGUCUGAAAACAAAGAAAGCACCACAGUCCAAGUUUCUCAUUGUUCAUUUUCAUGGGGGAGGUUUUGUGGCACAGACUUCCAAAUCACACGAGGCGUACCUGAAGAGCUGGGCCCAUGAGCUGGAUUCGCCGAUCCUCUCUGUCGAUUACUCCCUCGCCCCCGAAGCUCCAUUCCCACGGGCCCUUGAGGAGUGUUUCUUCGCCUACUGCUGGGCCAUCAACAACUGCCACCUGUUGGGUUCAAGCGGAGAGAGGAUCUGCCUGGCGGGGGACAGCGCUGGAGGGAACCUCUGCCUCACUGUGUCCAUGCGAGCUGCCUCAUAUGGAAUCCGCAUGCCGGAUGGGAUCAUGGCUGCCUACCCAGCAACAUUGCUCCAGGCCAGCGCCUCGCCAUCCCGUCUGCUCACCUUCAUCGACCCACUGCUGCCCCUCAGCGUCCUCUCCAAGUGCCUGAGUGCUUACGCAGGGACAGAGGCUGCAUCGGGUAGCCCCAGGAACAUGGAGAAGACGGACACACUGAGCCUGAUACGGAAUGACGCAGCUGCUUUACUGCUCCGAGACAUCCGGCUGGGAGCCUCGGCCUGGCUCAACUCUCUCAUGGACAGUGGCAAGAGCAGCAAUAAGCCUGUAGGAUUGCAGCUCUGGGCUUGCCUUAGGCGGCCCCUCACCCUGCUGGUGCAACUUCUGCGACUCGAGAAGCCCAACAUUUCUCACUGUCCUGUCUCCGAGGCAGUGCGAAAGAGCUGCUCAGAGGCUGCCCUCACCAGCACCUCCACCAACUCAUCCUCGGACCUCGAGCCAACCUUCGUGAUGAGCCGGACCUGUGAGGAGCCAGGAGACAGUAGCCCAUCCUCCAGCACGCUGAGCCUGUCAGACCACUUACCCAACAGCCAGGUCCAAGCCGGGAGUGGGCCUCGAGCUGCCUUCUACCAGGAGGAGGAGGGAGCGGAAGAGGAGGAGGAGGGUGGAGAGCGCAGGGCCUGGCGUACGCAGUUCCCUGGGGGGUUUCAGCCCCUGCGCAGUGAGGCAGCGGCGGCCAGCAUCAAACUGCAGACCUCAGCCAUCGUGAGAAACCCUUUCAUGUCGCCACUGCUGGCCACUGACGACAUGCUCCGGGGUCUGCCUCCCGUCCACCUGGUGGCAUGUGCCCUGGACCCGAUGCUGGACGACUCAGUGAUGUUUGCCAAGCGGCUGCGAAGUGUGGGCCAACCGGUCAGCCUGCAGGUGGUGGAGGAUCUCCCUCACGGCUUCCUGAGCCUGUCCCACCUCUCCCGCGAGACCAAGGAGGCCUCCAGCAUCUGUGUGGACCGCAUCCGCGAGGUCCUCCAGGGCCGAGCGGCCGCCAGCCAGGCCCGUAAACACCGCAAGCUGGAGAGGCUGGUGGCCAAGGCUCCGUCUGCCGUGGAGGUCCGGCAGACGGCCGACCUGACCAUGGCCAGUGACACCGAAAUCGGAGCCUAGAACCUCGAACCGACUACACUGUCCCCUCGUGGGAUCCUGUUCGGCUGCUUAUCCCAGGCCACGGGGACUGCCCCACUGUUUCUGUCCCCAGCACCGGAGCCCUCGGAUAAGGCAGCAAAUGUUGUCGGGACUGAGGGAUAGGGCACAGAGCCGAGCUCCGGUGUGCCUGGGAGAGAGAGUGUGCCUGCACAGACAAGCCAGUGACCGUGUGUGAGGCCCCACUGUACAGCCUGGGGGAGGGUUGACCAAGCCCCAAGCAGAACAGGGACCGGGUUUGGCCAGGCUUCUGACGCAGACCAAAGCACAAUGUUUCCUUUCAGCCAGUGCUGGGAAGGUGCAAUUUACUUUAUCCACAUUGUUCGGAUGCUGCCUUCGUACCUUUGUACGUGUCUGUCCAAGGGUAUCCGACAGCUCAUCUAUUUGUGUGUGUGUUUGUGUGUGUGUGUGUUUGUGUGUGUGUGUGUGUAUUUGUAUCUGACUAUGUGUGUGUGUGUGAGAGAGAGAGAAUGUGUGUGUGUAUUUGUAUCUGUGUGUGUGUGUGUGUAAGCAUGUGUCUGUGUAUUUGUAUCUGACCGUGUGUGUGUGUGUGUGUGUGUGUGUGUGUGCCUCUGUCUGUGUGUUUCUAGGUCAAUGUUCUUGUAAGCCUGCACCUCUCAACUUAUGUCAAGUUCUUCGACCAAAUUGUACAUACACCUGUGUAUAAUUUUGAAUGAAUUCCUUUUGCUGUUUUUACAUUGCUGACGGAGAAUCGUGUAUUUAUCCUGUUACCUCCCAGCCCUGGCCUCAAUGCCCCACUCUUGUGCCCGGAUUUCCUUGCCAUUGUAACUGAUGCCAGUGCUCUCUCAAACUGGCUGCUUCAACUGUGUUCUACUGUGUUCUAUGUGUUGCCACAUGGCAAGCUGCCAUUCUACUGUGGCACUGUAAUGAUGGCUGUCUCAGAUUAAAUGAGACCCCCCCCGCCAGUACCUGGGGCCAACCUGGGUAGCGUUGACAGAGUUUAGGCGAUGGGCAGGAAAGAGGCUUGUUGAAUAUCUUGACUGACCCUGCUCCCACCACAUUUUCCCAGUGUGUUCCAGACUCAAGCACUCUUGAUCCCCUCACCUCGCACUUGCUUCUGUUGCUAAGCACUUGAAAAGUAUGCCUGCUCGUUUUCAGUCCUGUCACAACUUUCUCACCACCUAUUCUGACCUCAUAGAUUUAAACAUUCUGACCAGAUCUCCUCUGGGCUUUCUCCUCUUCACCGCCAGCAAACUAACAAUGCAUGUUACGUCGUUGGGAACAUCAUCGAAACACAGGCAACCAGCGGUGCCAAAGGCAAAAUGAAGAGAGUGUUGGCGGAGCAGCUAAGUACCUCUUAAAAUACAGCAGCCAUUCAGUUACACUGCAUGGUCCAUGUAGAUGAUCAAAAUCCCCUCCUACAUAUUUCUGCUAAAAACACUCUGUCUCUAACUCUGUCUCCUUCCCACACCCCCUAUGACCCAUUUCUCCCUCUCACUUUCUGUGACCCAUUUCUCCCUCUCUCUCCGUGACCCAUUUCUCCCUCUCUGUCUCUCCGUGACCCAUUUCUCCCUUCCUCUCUCUCUGAUCCAUUUCUCCCUCUCUCUCCGUGACCCAUUCCUCCCUCUCUCUGUGACCCAUUUCUCUCUCCAUCUGUGAUCCAUUUCUCCCUCCCUCUCUCUGUGAUCCAUUUCUCCCUCCCUCUCUCUGUGACCCAUUUCUCCCUCCCUCUCUCAGUGAUCCAUUUCUCCCUCCCUCUCUCUGUGGCCCAUUUCUCCCUCCCUCUGUGAUCCAUUUCUCCCCCUCUGUGACCCAUUUCUCCCUCCCUCUCUCUCUGAUCCAUUUCUCCCUCUCUUUCCGUGACCCAUUUCUCCCUCCCUCUCUCUCCGUGACCCAUUUCUCCCUCCCUCUCUCUCCGUGACCCAUUUCUCCCUCCCUCUCUCUCCGUGACCCAUUUCUCCCUCCCUCUCUCUCCGUGACCCAUUUCUCCCUCCCUCUCUCUCCGUGAACCAUUUCUCCCUCCCUCUCUCCGGGACCCAUUUCUCCCUCCCUCUCUCUGUGACCCAUUUCUCCCUCCCUCUCUCUGUGACCCAUUUCCCCCUUUCUCUCUCUGACCUCCCCACCCCG